GAAAUGUACUUUUGCAACUUCAAACACGGACGUCUUUUUUUGUCAAUAUAUAUAUCACCACUCAAAAUACAUAAAACGUGACAAUGGUGGGCGCAGAAAGACAUAUCUUAUUUCAUCUGAUUAUCUUUGUACUCUCUACAACCGUAAACAGCGAGGAAUGUAAUGAUGGAUGCUGUCUUAACUUCUACAGACAUCAAGAUGGAUCCUGCUUUGAGUGCCCGCUUGGUACACACGGAGUUAACUGUAGCGGAACAUGUGUCCGUGGGUUCUAUGGUAGAUUUUGUCAAUCAAAAUGUGAAUGUCCCAGUGAUGAAUGCGACAACAAAUAUGGCUGUCUAAAGGAAGAAGACACAGGGAAUGCCGGACCCCAAAACACCAACAGUCAGUGGUCAAAUGUGGCAUACAUUUUAAUAGGAUCCAUCACGACCAUGAGUGUUGUCGGUCUGCUGUUUUACUGGAAAGCAUGGUUUUCUAAAAGAAGCUCUUCAAACCUAGAGAUUGACCAGUUGAACUCCAGACCUUCAGCAAAUCAACAGGAACAUAUGUAUGAGAGACGUAGAGACGCAUCAGCCAGUGAGACGGACGGUGAAAUAUCAAUGUUACAAGUACAACACAACUAUACUGGUCUGCAAGGUUCCAGGAUCCAACCGGAAAUGACAAGAGGGAAUGAUACCGAUACUAUGCCAUCUUCUACCGCUGCCAUCUCACCUCACGGUACAGAAAUCAGUUGUUACAAUGUCGACGAAGUGGAAUAUGAACAUUUCGAUAGAAGCACAGCAUAUCAUGUGUUGUCUCUUCGUAGACAUUUUCAUGGAUCGCUGUUGAAAUCAGUUGAAUUAUCUUCAAUGAGAGGUCACAGAUCUAAUAACAUAGAAAAUCAAAAUGAUUGUAUUAAUGUGAGUCAUGAUAAGGAUGUAUUGCUGGAGAAAGAGAGACCACUUUCAGAGGAAGAAAUUAUUCGCCAAAGUCUGAUAGAUGAAACAAUAAAUGAGUAUAUAGAUAUAUCUCAACUAAUGAAAGAAAUGAGCAUGAAAGACGACGCUGAUAAACAUCAAUUGAAGACGACAUCAAGUGAUCUAAAUCUACAUGUACCUGUAAGAAUAGGUCAUAAUACAGAAGUUUUAUAUCCGCGUGCAUAUAGUUUGGCAGACGGCAUAUGGAGUAUUGGAGAUGCACCGGAAUAUGAAGAUAUUUUGCCAAAUCUGACAAAGGAAGGUGUUGAUGCAGUCUGUUGCUCUAAACAUGGCAACGAUAAGGAUACCAAACGUUCUAAUGAAACAAAGAAUGAAACAGCUGAUGGCAGUGUAAAUUCGGAUGCCAGUAUCGAUGGUGAAGAUGAUGAUCCUGUAGUUCAAAACUUUAAAACAUGGGAAGCUAUGAGUCCUCAGAGGGUAGACACUGGUGAAAUACUUCCUCCCGGGCAAUCAGACGAGUACACUCAAAUGAUGAGAAGAAAUACCGAGAAGAAAAGUGUUACUUGCGUUGAAUCCAGUACAUUAUCAGUAGAAGUUCUCAUUACAAAUGAGGAAUCGAGUGACGUGCCGCUUACAUUUUCUAUAGGUAGUGCCACUGUCGAUAUGAAACUGGACAUUGUUGCAGACAAUCUAUCGCUUUCAAUGUCUGGAGAAAACAAUGAAAACUCCGACAUUCACAUUGAAUGUAACUAAAUGGACGACUAUUUCUCGUACUCUGUGUUAGAGGAAGGUCAAGAUACAUAAUUUAUAAACCCAGCUGAUUUUGUGCAAACGAAAGGACAAUAAAAUCACAAUGACGGUGAUGAACUUCCACA